UGAUUGUUUUCCUUCCUCCAAAAAGUACAAACCCCGCCCAUCUGACUUCCCUCAUAACUUUCAGUUCAGAUACUAUAUGAAACAUAGGCUGUAUAAGUGAAGGAGCACUCAGUGUCAGCUGGGUUUCUGUGGACCGGUCAGAAUGGGCUUCAGCGCGCUCCUGUGCGCGUGUGUUGUAGUUUCGUGCAGCGCCGCUCCGUUUAAACUCCCGCAGAGAAACGAGCCUCAGAACGACAGACCGAUCAUCGGGAUUCUCACGCAAGAAGUUGACAAUGAGUCGAUGAAAAAGUUUGGAAAGACAUACAUCCCUUCAUCAUAUGUUAAGUACAUUGAGUCCGGGGGAGCUAGAGUUGUGCCAAUUAGGCUAAACCAGAGAUUGGCAGAGCAUGAAAAAAUCUUCAGGUCAAUAAAUGGUCUUCUUCUCAUCGGCGGCGCUGUGGAUCUGGAGACAUCUGACUUCGCUCACACCGCUGGGAUUUACUUCACACUGGCCCUUAAGGCGAAUGAUGAGGGAGAUUACUUUCCCAUCUGGGGAACAUGCCUGGGAUUUCAGCUGCUCACGGUGCUGGUGGCUGGAGAAAACCUGUUGAGUAAGACAACUGCAGAGAAUGUCACUUAUCCACUCAACUUCACCUCAGAGGCUUCAUCCAGUCGUAUGUUUACCAACUUCCCAUCUGACAUUCGUAAAGCAUUGUCCCAGGAACCACUUACUGGAAAUUUCCACCAUUAUGGAGUGACCAAAGAGGCAUUCAUGGGAAAUGAGAAAUUAAGUGGCUUCUUUUCAGUGCUCUCCACAAACAUAGCACAAAAUGGCCUUGAGUUUGUUUCCACCAUGGAAGGCAGGAAGUACCCUUUCUAUGGGGUACAAUGGCAUCCAGAAGUGAACCGCUUCCAGUGGGACCCUCGUUACAACUUUCCUCAUUCCAGCAAUGCUGUGUGCGUGUCGUCCUUACUGGCUGAAUUCUUUGUAAAUGAGGGAAGGAGAAGCUCCCACCACUUCAGUGAAGCAGCAGAAGAGAGCAGCGCGCUCAUAUACAACUACAACCCUGAGUAUGUGGCAAAUAUCUCUGCAUAUGAACAGUCUUAUUUCUUCUGAGAGACACAAUAUAGGACAUUGAGAAAGACAAAGAAAGAAAACACUUGUCAAGAUAUUUCAGACAAAUGUACUGUAAUAGUCCUUAUUGCAGACCUCAUCUCAUUUUAGGAAUAUUGUUUUUAACUGAGAGACAUUUUAAAUAAUCAGUGUUUUAUUAAAUUAUUUUGGAUUUAUUAGAACACUCAAUUAUUUUUUAUUAUAAUUAUGAAGAUGAUUACAUAUUUGAUUCCUUCAAAGAGAAUAAAUAUUAUUGUAUAUAUAUGUAUGUUUUAAAAUUACACAUUACUAAAGAUCAAAGGCAUGCUAUGGUUUAUGUGCCAGAAGAGGGCAGUAUUGUCACGUUUAUGACAUUUUCAUAUACAUUCCAUUUGUUUUUCCCUCAUGUUGUUUUCUAAAAUAGUCCAUAGAAUUUUUUUUCCAACAUAUUUAUAUAUAUAUAUAUAUAUAUAUAUAU